AUGUGGCGGCGUGCAGCGGCAGCGGCGCUGCUGUGCCUGGUGGCAGCCUGGUUGUCGGGCCUCGGGUUCGAUCCCCGCUCCUGCCUUCUGCCGCCCCAGGUCCAGAGCCGCCUGCUAAGUGCCGCCGAGCUGGCCCGGUACCGCGGGGCCGUGGGAGAGCCCGGCCUCUACCUCGCCGUGCUGGGCCGCGUCUUCGAUGUGGAGCGUGGCCGCAGGCACUACGGUCCCGGCGGUACCUACAGCGGCCUUGCAGGGAGGGAUGCCACCAGAGCAUUUGCCACCGGUGACUUCACCCAGGCUGGGCUGGUGGACGACGUCUCAGCACUGUCACCGGGUGAGAUGCUUGCCGUCCAGAGCUGGCUCUCCUUCUACAGUGACAACUACGAUCCCGUGGGGAAGCUGGUGGGCAGAUUCUAUGAUGAAAAUGGGGCACCAACAGAAGCCUUAAGGCAGGCUGAGGCUGCCAUUGAGGAAGCUCUGAAGUUCCAAGCAGAAAGUGAGCAGAGAAAGCAGCAGUUUCCACCCUGCAACUCCGAAUGGAGCUCUGCAAAGGGCAGCCGCUUCUGGUGCUCCAGACAGAGUGGGGGAGUGCCCAGGGCCUGGGCCGGCGUCCCGCGGAAGCUCUACAGCCCCGGCGCCACAGGCAGCCGCUGUGUCUGCGUCAGGCCCAGCGGCCCCCCGUGGGGCCAGCCUGCCUCCAGCCAGCACAGCAACAGGGGCGACCUGGAUGACCCUCACCUGCAGGAGUACGACGGCUGCCACCCACAGGCCCAGCAGUGUGUCCUGGCAGUGUGAGCCGAGUGCUGGAGGCCUGCAGGAAAGCAUCGCCCUGCGGGGGAGCAGCUCCAGCUUCAUUCCCUUCCCUCUCUGAAAAGGGAGCAACGACAAUUUCCUGUUAUUUGUGACUCUGUUAACACGAGGAGAUGGGGAGAGACAAUCCUUGAGCAAAGUUACUAGCUUAACACUCACACUGCCAGGAUGCUUCCUCUGGUAGUGCUUGGUUCCUGGGGUGUUCCCACAGCUGGUAGCAAACUGCAGCACACGCAGCCUGCAUUGGGACUGCAGCCUGAGUUCUUGUGCAGUCAGGAAGCAGACACUUGUGUGCAGGACUGGGCUGUUUUGAGCAGCAAGGUCAUGAUCCCAAGAGCUGCUGCAGCAUCACCAGCCCCAGCUCCUGCACAGGCCUCCAGUUGCUUGCCUUUGCCUGCUGUAGUGUCAGUGCUCCUCCCAAUCACCAGAUUUGCUCCAGAGUUUAAAGGCAGCAGGGAGAAACCUGCCUUGUUCCUCAGAGAAGGCAUGGAGUAUCUAGUGCAAUUUGGUUCCACAAAAGCUUUAUCAGAUCCUUGGAGCAUGGAAGGCAAAGCUCACUCCUGCCUUUCCUCAUGCAGUGUUUGGUUAGAUGCUGUGCAAAGGGGUGGGAGCCAGCUCUGAGGAGUGUUGCUUAACCUCACCAUCCUGCUCCUCUGAUUCACUGUAUUCAGGCUACUCAGAUCAGGAAUUGGUGAUUUGAAGUAGGCAGUAACAAAAGCUCCGUGGCAACAGGACCAUCCUGCUGUGUGACAUCCAUCCUGUGACCUCUUCCAAUCUGGUAUGUGUCCAUCAGACUAUGACCCAAGGCUGAGUAUGUCCUCACAGGGCAAGUUAGUAACAUUUCUGCAUGGGGAUGAAGAGGACAAGGAACACCCAGGUAGGGCUUAGGUGCUGUAAAGCUCCUGCUGCAAGAAAGCAGUUGGUGGUUGUAGAACCCAGUUAGAAUCAGGUUUGGGUGCAGCUGCAGCCUUGAGGGAGACACCAGCUGACAGAGUCCAGCAGUAGCACAGCAGUAGCUGAGGAGCUUGUUCAGUUUGUUCCUUAAGGCUGCUACCACUUAAUUAUUCACUCAUUAGUUCUGAGCUACCACAGACCCAAGUAAACAGUUAAUCACCAGUGAAAGCAGGAGGAGCCCUGCAGUGACAGGAGGAGAUGUGACAGCACUUUUAGCCUCUGAUGGUUGGAGGAGGCUGCAACUGCCAAGGGCAGGAGCCACAGCAGUUCACACAUGGCCAUGCUCAUUGUCAAAUGCUUGGGUUUGGAUUUUCUUUUUAGCUGGUUCUGUUGUGCCUUUUCCACCGUAAUGUUGAAGAGAAAUCCUCCAGAGCACUGUCAGACAGUUGUGCAAGCUCUUGCUGGCCAUCAGUGGAAGUUGCAUGUUGCUGAGUGGCAGCAGAGCCAUCCAUUUUGGAAGAGAAGCUGAGCCAUGGGCUUGUCCAUGUGUGGGGCUGGAGUGGGCUACAUGUCAGAGUCCUGCAGGUAAAGUUUGUGAGCUCCACAGGAAGGAGCUGCAAAG